AUGCCUCCGAAGUAUGAUAAAAACUUUAGCUGUUUUCAUUGUUUACUUUGUCUGUGGCAGCCGCUAAGGUUAGACGUGUUUUAUGAGCUCGGCGAUUUUUCGUUCGUUAAAAGAAAUGGAUCAAAGAAUUUAUAUCCAAUUUUGCUUAAAAAAUUAAAUAAAUUCUGUGAAAUGUUAACAAAGGCAUAUAGUGAGUCUGCUAUAAGUAAAACAAGAGUUGACAAGUGGUAUAAGAGUUUCCAAGAUGGCCGUGAAGACGUUGAAGAUGACGAUCGCCCCGAACGCACAAGUACAUUAACAACUAAUAAAAACAUGGAAAAAGUGGAAGAAAUGGUAUGUUUCACGAAAAUCGAUUAUUUAGAAGCUCAAUAUUGUCAAUGCGUAUGUCCCCAUCCCAUAAUUGAACACCCACUCAUCCCAACUAUACAUGUGCAACCGGACUUUCACGUUCUGCAAAAUCAUGAUGAUGUCCAACAACAAGCUAUCAACAACUUUCACGCUCUGCAAAAUCACGAUGUGGUCCAACAACAAGCUGUCAACAACUUUCAAAACCAUGUCGAACAAGAUAAAAAUCAAGUGAGCACCAUGCAAAAACAAAACACAAAUCAAGCAAGCAUGGUCCAAAAAUUAAACAAGGAAACAAUCGACGUCGUCGUGAACAAAAACAAAACGGCUGACAAAAACGACAGCAAAGAUGACCACCACAAGAAAGAUGACCUCCACAAGAAAGAUGACCACCACAAGAAAGAUGACCACCACAAGAAAGAUGACCACCACAAGAAAGAUGACCACCACAAGAAAGAUGACCACCACAAGAAAGAUGUCCACUACAGAUUCGAGUACGCUGUAAACGACAAAAAAUCAGGCGACGUUAAGAAUCAAAGAGAAGAACGCCAUGGCGAUGUCGUAAGAGGGGAAUAUUCUCUACUGGAACCUCACGGAAAUGUCCGAACUGUUAAAUACUACGCCGACUGGAAUCAUGGAUUCUUUGCGCAAGUACAAAAUAGUAAACAUGGUAAUUAAGUCUAUUUUUCUUUGUUAAAUUUUGUUGUUAAAAAUACGCGUUUUAUUUAUCAAUUAUUUAGAGAUGUUGUAUUUGGUUAUUGUAAAAACAAUACAGGAGCAAAGUUUAUUUUAGUUCAUCACAAUAAACAGUUGAGAAUAUUUCACAUUGUCCUAUCCAUUGUGACUACACUCAGAAAAAUGUACAUGCACUGAUAAUGAAACUAGCGAUUAAUAAUAGUUAUUUAUGUCAUUAGGUUAAGAAGUAAGGCUUUUUGUGCUAAGCUCAAUUGAGCGAAGCACAAAAAGGCACUUCUUGGCCGAAUGGCAUACAACAUUUUACCUUCAAAGCACUUUAUAUAGGUCAAUUUAAUUUAACAUCAACGCGACCUAACCUCACUUUUUUAGAAUCUCAUUUAUUUAUUACCUAAAGAUUACAUUAAAUGUACAAUAAUUAUUAUUGCUUUUAGAAGCAGUAAUAGUUUGACACUACCUAGCAACAUGAUUUAAGUAGAAAUGGAUUUUUGCUAUUACAUUGAAUUCAA